GUUAUUAAAUGUAAAGCAGCUGUGGCUUGGGCCCCAAAUCAGCCACUGGAAAUUGAGGAGAUUGAAGUACAACCACCAAAAGAAGGUGAAGUUCGGAUUAAGAUGGUAAGCACAGGAAUAUGUCGAACAGAUGACCAUGCAAUCCAUGAUGUAUUUCCAGGGUUGAAUUUUCCUGUUAUUUUGGGCCAUGAAGGAGCUGGAAUAAUUGAAAGUGUUGGAAAAGGAGUAACUGGAUUAAAACCAGGAGAUAAAGUUGUUCCACUUUGCCUUCCUCAAUGUGGAAAGUGCAGCUCUUGUCUCAAUCCAAAGAGCAAUUUUUGCUUUCAUUCACAUUUUAAAUAUAGCUUUUCUGAAUCACAGAAUGUAAUGCUUGACAAGACAUCAAGGUUUUCAUGCAAGGGAAACGUUGUAUAUCAUUUUUUGUGGACCAGCACCUUUUCGGAAUAUAUUGUGAUGCCUGCUGAGUCGGUUGCAAAGAUUGAUGAUGGAGCACCCAUGGAGAAGGCCUGUCUUUUUGGAUGUGGCUUUCCCACAGGUUAUGGAUCUGCUGUCAAUACUGCCAAAGUGGAGCCUGGUACUACGUGUGCUAUUUUUGGAUUGGGUGGCAUUGGGUUGUCAGCCAUUAUUGGAUGUAAAGUUUCUGGAGCAUCAAGAAUUAUUGCUAUAGAUAUAAACAGCAGCAAGUUUGAAAAGGCAAAGCACUUUGGAGCCACUGACUGCAUCAAUCCCAAUGAUUACAGCAAGCCAAUCCAGGAAGUGAUCAAGGAAAUGACAGGAGAUGGAGUACAUUAUUCCUUUGAAUGUAUUGGCAAUACGGAUGUUGUGAGAGCAGCACUGGAGUGUACUCAUCCAGGAUAUGGGACCAGUGUGGUUAUAGGUGAACCUCCACAGAAUGCAAAGAUCACAUUUGAUCCUCUUUUGCUUCUCACAGGGCGCACAUGGAAAGGCAGCUUCAUUGGAGGUCUUAAAACUAGGGACCAUAUCCCCCAGUUGGUAUCUAGCUACAUGACAGGCAAAUUUGACGUGGAUGGUUUAAUGACUCAUACUUUGCCUUUUUCCCAAAUAAAUGAAGGAUUCCAACUUCUAAGAUCUGGAAAAAGGUUGGUUUUUGUGUUAAUAAAUUAA